AUGAGUUCUUUUAGAGUUGUCAUCUUUGUCGCCCUCGCAGCAUGUACUGCACGACUGAUCUGGCGAGCGGUGUCUAGUCCGUUGGUCUUUGUACUUGUCUCGCCCCUACUACUCUCCACUAUCGCGUUCGGAUCAUUCGUGCUGCAUAUCGUGCUCGGCCACGUUCUGGACAUUCAACGACGAUCGUAUGGAAGUGUCUCAGCUCGAGCCGCGCGGCCUCUAGGAUUAUCGACACCGGCAGCAUGGCAGGUCGUGCUGACGCGGUCGCAAUGGGCGUACAAACCCCCAUCGACACUGCCGCCCAUUGCACCCAGCUCACCUGUACUUUCCAAUUCCAUAAACGACAUUCUGAUCCUGAUUGUACGCGACUUCAUACUGACUUGGUACACCGAUAUCUCGUCAUCACCGUCGUUCCCCACUGCGGUCUCCGCCACACUUCAUGGAUCACUCGAACGCGUCCUUGCACAACUUGCGCCACUCGACCUAUCGUCCAUCCUGGCCAAACGCAUACUCCCCAAGAUCACGGCGCAUAUUGAGCACUUCCGCGAUUCAGAAGUAGCUCUGCGGGGUGCCAAGCUCGAGCGUCAGCUGACGGAGUCAGAAGAGCUGGACAUGCUUCUUGCAGCGCGAUAUGCGGGCAAAGGGAGAUUGCAUCCUGCCGUCGAAAAUCUCAGCUCCGCGUUCACGAAGCAAAGCGAAGAGACGCAUCUCAAAAAGCUCGUUGAGCGUGCGCUACCGUAUGUGCUUCCUCCCGACGAGAAGGGUAGCGCAGCUGUGCGCAUCGUCGUCCGCGAAGUUGUGGCGUGCGUGGUCAUGUACCCGAUUAUCACCAUGUUAUCGGACCCCGACUUUUGGAAUCAACAGAUUGACAGUCUGGCUGGCGCGGCAAUACGACAACAACGGUUGAUCUCAAAGGUCCGCAAUGUCCUUGAGACGCAACUCCCCUCGAAUCCGGAGACGAUACCGGCUGCAAAUACACCCCCUGCACCCCCGCCUCCCGAAACCAUCACAGUACGGACGGAUGCUCGCCAUUUCGAGUCAUUCCUUCGCAGCAUCUCACGAACCUCGUCACUUUUGGACGCUCGUCGACUCAAGAACGACAUCGUGGGCGAAAUUCGUCGGACACGAGUGCUUCUAGCCAAUCACGAGCAUGACGACUGGAUAAACGGGGAGAAAACCGAAGACGUUGUAGCUUUCCUGGACAGGCUGUACACUGCCAAGCGGAGAGCUGAGGAGCGUAUCAUCGUUCUGGGUGGACAAGAAAAUGCUGAUAAUCGGGCAACUUUAGCCGAGCCCGCAUCCAUGAUGCACAUCAGUUUGCGUGAAGUCCUUGGUAACCCAAACUCCCUCAGUUAUUUCAUGGAAUUUCUCGACAGACGCGAUCGGUCCCUCCUCGUACAGUUUUGGCUCACCGUAGAGAGCUUCAAAGAUCCCCUCGAGAGCGCCGACUCAGACUCAGACACACCCGAUACUGCGCCUCUACCCACUCCUGGUGCAGAGCCGUCUACCGCCAGGGAAGAUAUCACAAUGAUAUACGAGCUCUACUUCGCCGGAGAUAAACCACACCCCGCUCUCAGCGCUGUCUCUGCCAAGUAUAGCACGGCGAUCCGGGAUUUCGCUACCGCCAGUCCAGAUGAGUCUAUUCCCAACGCCGCAUUGCUUCGUAAGGCGCGCCGCAGCGUCAUCCGUGCCCAGCGACAGGUGGAACAGGCGAUGGAAGCAGAUUUCGAAGAGUUCGAGCGUUCUGAGCUAUGGUUCCGCGUCGUUGAGGAUAUCACUGCCGCACGAGGCUCGAUUGCUUCGACCCCCGCACCCGCGUUACAUCACCCGUCGCCAGUCCGAGAGAAUAGCGCGCCGCCCAUGCUCUUCCACGCGCUGAUACCACCCCCUGUCACUCGCACGAACUCAUCUCCAAGCUCUUUCCUCUUCCAUCCCUCUCGGAAUCACUCCACGCCCUCGAUCAAGUCGACUUCCUCGGCCACACCUCCUGAUCUGUCAUCACGUCCAGAAACGCAUCAUGCGAAAUCAAGCUUGGAUCUUUUGAUGUCGCCCGUCACCGCUGAAGGCGAGACCAGCACUCGCAAAAGCCGUGUUCCCCUCUUUGACGACCCUGAGAACCCUGAGGCAGGCGGCGGUGAGAGUCACGAGAAGAUCGGCACAGUUGCUGCCAUACAGGCAGCCCUGACGGACAUCAUCACACAGGACUCCGCGACACAGCAAUCAUCCGAGCAUGAGCGCGAGCGAGAUCGCGGGAGGCGGCCACAUGCAGUGCCGCUAGCCAUAACAUCAAGCACCAGUGCUCGCGGUGGUCUGUUCGAUGACUUUGAAGAGCGUCCGCCUAUGCGACGCACAGUCUCCGAAGACAGUGCAUCGUUAUUGGAGCCCGGAGAGCCUGAUGUGGAGAAUGAUGGCCAGGAGCCGCGAGUCGAGGACAUAGCCGCCGCACGCAUUGGAGAUCUGCAACUCGCGGCAGAGGUAGCGCGACUUGCAGAUAAGCUGGCUGCCUUGCGCGCUCAGGACGCGAUGCUCGAUACACUUAUCAAGCAAGCAGACCUUUCAGGCGAUGAAGCUGAGCUAAGGCUCCUACGGACAAGUAAAAGCGCGCUUGGGCGCGAAAUUCGAGCUCUCGCAUUUCAACGCGAACAGUAUGCUCAGCAGGACGCUGCGAACGCCCUCGUCCCAGAGAGAACAAAGUUGCAUAUUGUUAACGCUGUACAAGGCGAAGAGCAAGGCCGCGCUGUCGUGCGAUACCUCGUUGAAGUGCAGCAGCUUGCUCUGGAUGGCAGCGUUGCGACCGGUUGGGUCGUUGCUCGAAGAUACAACGAGUUUCUGACCAUGCACAACAAACUACGCGAACGUUUCCCCAGUGUUCGUACGCUUGACUUCCCAAGGAAGCACCUGGUCACGUCACUCAGUGCCAGCUUUGUUGACACGCGCCGAACAGGCCUAGAGAAAUAUAUUCAAAACGUUGUGCUCAUCCCAUCUGUAUGCGAGUCAGAUGAACUCCGUACCUUCCUAUCACGCAACUCACCCUUCAUCGCACCGUUACCGUCACCGACGACUCCUAUUCCGGCCAAAGGCGUCCCGGGCGCUGGCUUUGUUCGCAGCAUGUAUACCUCUGUCGCGGGUAGCAUCGACGACAUGUUCUUUGGGCCGAGCAUGUUGGACGUCAUCAUUCAGCGGUUGACGAAGCAGGCUGCCGAGCUUCAGGAUGCUGGCGGCGUAGCGAUGGGUCUUGCAGGUCUCGAACUUCCUGGCGCCAACGCGUUCACCGCGCCCAUCAGCGACUUCAUCCUCGCCGUUUUCGAGCUCAACAAGAAGAAUAACUGGCUUCGGCGUCAUGCAGUUGUCGUUAUCCUCCAACAGGUGCUAGGUAGCACCGUCGAGCGCAAGCUUCGCGAGACGAUAUCGACAUUACUGGAUGAAGCUCACCUUUUAACGGCGGUGCGGAUGUUCAAGGACAACCUAUGGCCUGGCGGGAAGCUCAAGUCUGUCACGCUGCCGCGCACGGCGGAGCAAAAGCAACGAACUCGCGACGACGCGAACCGCAAACUGAGCGCACUCGUGCCCGAUCUCGCCGCAAAUAUGAUCGGUCGGUCGAACGCACGGCGCGGUGCACGUCGCAUCUUCGCGGUCCUACAGAAUCGCCGCUUGAACCAGCACAUCUUAUAUACUGUACUCGAUGAGUUGUUCGCUUCGAUAUUUCCCGACGAGCCUUCGCAAGCGCAUGCACCAAAUUCAUAG